AUUAUGCCGCUACUGCUCGACCAGGGCGCCGAUAUUGAGGUGAAGGAUGAGCACGACCAAACGCCGCUAUCGUGGGCUGCUGAGAGAGGGCUCGAGGCCGUGGUGAAGCUGCUACUAGACAAGGGCGCCGACGUCAACGUAACCACCAAGGACAGAGAGACGCCGCUGCACUGGGCCUCUCAGAGCGGGCACCUCGAUACCGUCCGGCUGCUGCUCAAGAAGGGCGCCGACGUUAAGACGGCGAACAAGUACGGAGAGACGCCGCUG